CCCCACUCCGCGCGACGUACACGCCAACGCCACGCCACAGCCGCAUCUGGAGUCAACUUACACAACUGUCUCGGCCUCUCGCUAGAACGCUUCUAUGUGAACGCUUGCUCUCGGUGUAGUGCCGUGUGUCCGUGAUUGGAUUUCAUCCGGGAUUCCAGAUAGAGGACACACGUAAAACAAGAUGACUGUCCUUGGUCUGGCAUCUGCUGUUGCUGGUUUUGUAAAGGUUCGGUAUCUGCUUGACAGGGCAGUCAUCGAUAAUGUUGUAUUUCGCUGUCACUACAGAGUCACAUCAGCAAUUUUGUUCCUCUGCUGCAUCCUGUGCACAGCUAACAGUCUUAUAGGUGAGCCUAUAAAUUGUAUAAAUGAUGGUGCUGUUGCUUGCCAUGUUAUCAAUACAUAUUGCUGGAUAACAUCAACAUUCACAUUGCCUCAUCAACAAGGAAAGCCUGUUGGAACCCAUGUUGCUCACCCAGGAUUAGGCAAUUAUGUUGAUGAAGAUAAUGAAACUCAUUACCAUUCUUAUUACCAGUGGGUGCCAUUUAUGCUGUUCUUUCAGGGAGUUCUGUUCUAUGUGCCUCACUGGAUUUGGAAAAACUGGGAAGAAGGAAAAGUACGUCUGAUAAGUGAUGGUAUGCGUGGUGCUCUUGCUACCACAAAUGAAGACCGACGUGCCAGGCAGUCACGCCUUGUGCAGUAUAUUAUUGACACACUUCACCUGCAUAAUUUUUAUGCUUCGGGCUACUUCUUUUGUGAAGCUCUUAAUUUUGUUAAUGUGAUUGGCAACAUCGUAUUCAUUGAUGUCUUCCUGGGAGGGGCUUUCAUGACAUAUGGGACAGAAGUACUGAGUUUCUCAGGCCGCAAUCAAGAAAAUCGAACUGACCCUAUGGUGGUAGUUUUCCCAAGAGUAACAAAGUGCACUUUCCACAAAUAUGGUGCCUCAGGAACUAUUCAGAAACAUGAUGCUCUGUGUGUGCUGGCUCUGAAUAUAAUCAAUGAAAAGAUAUACAUAUUCCUAUGGUUUUGGCUUAUUAUUCUGGCAGUUCUGUCAGGGCUUGCGCUCCUGUACAGCCUAGUUAUUGUAGUUCUCCCAUCAGUCAGGGAAACUAUUCUUAAACGACGUUUCAGAUUUGGGUCACCAAAUGGUGUUACUGCUAUUGUGGAAAAAAUGCAAAUAGGAGACUUUCUGCUUCUGUACUUACUUGGACAGAACAUGAACACUAUUGUCUUCGCAGAAGUAUUAGAUGAAUUAAGCCAGAAACUUAAUGACUAUAUACACAACAACAUGCCCACAGCACCAUCAACGUUGGAACUGUAUCCCAUGUAUCCACCGAAAGAGAAGUUUCCUAAAGAAACUGAAGCUUAGUGCUUUUUUUUUUUUUUAAAUAAACUGUUACAUAAUCACUGAUUAUGAGAACUGUGAUUUCUGAGAAUAUAUAUUUCUGAGCAGUGCUUUACCUUUCUCUUAGCCAUGAGGUACUAUGUUCUAUAAGUUCAUUCAUAAAACUACUGUGCCUCAUCAAAGUGAGGGAUCUUAGCAUUCCAUUACGAACUAGAUUAGAUUCCUACAUUAUAAAUAGGACUGUAACAUUCUUCCAGAAGGAAUAAUGAGCCUUUGCAAAAGGUUCUUUGAGGUUACAAUGUGUUCACAUUGUGUGGUGGUUCUGUGAUUAAAAUUUAUGAUGUGCUUGCUUCAUAUAAGUUUCAGUGAGAAAUAGCCUUUUGUUUGAUAGGCUGACUCUGAUGAAACAAAUAAGACUGUAUCUUCUAGUGUAAUAGACAGGGGAUCUGUCACUGUGUUCAGUAAUAAAUUUGCUUUAAUUAAUAGCAGAAAUGAAUGAAUCUUGGGACGUAAUAAAAUUUUUAUUCAAUAA